GAGCUUCUGCCGCCCUUGAAGAUGGGGCUCGGGAGCGGUUUCGGCUCCAGAAGUGCUUCAGGUGCGAGCGUGAUGUCCGGAAUCCAAACGCCAGACGAGGAGGUCUCCCUGAACGAAUCUGGUGGUGCCACACUGGAGCCACCACUGGAAGAGGUGGAGGUGGAAAAGCCGCCGCGACCCGUAAACAUCGGCGUCAGCAGUGUAG